AUGCCAUCAUUAUUUUGGGAACGUCUUCAAAUACAUUUAUCAUCUUCUAAUUUGAUUGAUGAUUCUGAAGUAGAAAAAACGAUGAAUAAACGAAAAUAUUCUGAUUUCAAUCUUAAUACGUGUGACGAGCCUGAUUCACCUUGGUAUACUGGUGCAAAUAAAAUAAAAAAACAACAACGUAUGACUAAUUCUUUAAUGUCUUUAUCAUCUACAUCGAAUCGUAAAUCUUCAAAAUUACUUGAUAAAACUUCAUCUAUGGAGAAUAUGGAUGAUGAUCUGAUCAUUCCAUUAAAACGUAUAACACGAAAAAAGAAAUGUCAAAUAAUAGUCUCAUCUGAUUCUGAUGAAACAAUUAUUAUUGACGAUGAUGACGAUGAAGAUAAAGAACAACGAAAUCCAAUUAAAAAGAAAGUGAUACAUCGACCUGAAAUAGCUGAAAAUAAAUUAAAUAUUGAAACAAAACAAGCUAUUAGAGAACAAACUGAACGUGAUAAACGUAUUAAAAUUCAACAAGAACGCGAAGAAUUAGCUCGUUUAGAACGUAUUCGAAAACAAAAAGAAUAUAAUGGAGAUAUACUUACACAACAUGAACAAAAACAAUUACCGUUUGCAUUUGAAUUAGUACUUGAAACAGAUCCAAAUACAAAUGAUAUUAUUAUUGAAGUUGAUUUAAUGCUUGUUCAAUAUAUGAAACAACAUCAAGUUGAAGGUGUUCGGUUUCUUUGGAGUCAGGUAUUUGAAUCAACGGCACGAAUUGCAGCCAGCAUUGAUAAAGAAAAAAAUGAAGAUCGAGGAGGUUCAGGUGCUAUUUUAGCUCAUUGUAUGGGUUUAGGAAAAACAUUUACAACCAUAUCAUUGAUUCAUACAUUAUUUCGUUAUCCACAAAUAACUCAUAUUCACCGAGUAUUAAUACUUUGUCCAUUAAAUACUGCAAAUAAUUGGAAAAAUGAAUUUCGACAAUGGAUAGGUGAUCUUGAACCAUGUAUUAAUGUUUAUUUAUUCAAUGCUGAUGAUAUACAAAAAAAAGAUCGUAUUCAAUUUCUUCGUUGUUGGUAUGAAGGUGGUGGUAUAUUAAUUAUGGGUUAUGAAAUGUAUCGUUUAUUAAAUUAUGCAUCGGAUUCAACAAUUAAAGCUCCACGUAAAAAAGCAACGAAAAAACAGAGAUCCACAGAAGAUAGUGAUGAUGAUUCAUCAAAUGAUAGUGAUCAAGGAUGGACAAAAAAGAUGACUAAAACUAAAGCUGAUUUAGCUGCGAUUGAAAAAUAUAGAAAAUAUCUUCGUUCACCUGGUCCAGAUCUAAUUAUCUGUGAUGAAGGUCACAUUAUUAAAAAUCCAAAGAGUGCUAUUGCUCGUGUGGUAAAUGAAGUACGUACAUUACGUCGAAUUGUGUUGACUGGUACACCAAUGCAAAAUAACUUAAAAGAAUAUUAUGCUAUGAUUAAUUUUUGUAAACCAAAUUAUCUUGGUAGUGAACAUGAAUUUUCUCGAAAUUUUCGAAUACCUAUCGAAGCUGGUCAACAUAAAGAUAGUUCACCAGGUGAUGUAGCAUAUAUGCGACGUCGAGCAUAUGCAUUAAAUCAACGUUUAAAAACUAUUCUUCAUCGACGUGAUUUUGAUGUAUUACGUUCAUUUCUACCACCGAAAUUCGAAUAUGCUGUAAAAAUAAAAUGUAUGCCAUUACAACAAGAACUCUAUCAAACGUAUUUAUUAAUUCAAAAUAUUGAUCCAACAGCUCGAUUAAAUAUGGCUAAAUUGCUUGGUGAUUAUCAAUAUUUAAUGAAAAUCUGGACACAUCCAUGGCUUCUUAAACCUCAUUUUAUUGAUGGUUAUCAAAAAUAUUUAAAAGGUCAAGAUCAAAUAGAAACAGAUCAAUUUUUUCAAGAUGAUCCUGAUGACAUUGAAGAUGAAUAUGGAGGAUCACGAACACAAAAACGUCCUAAACAAGUACCUAGAAACAAGACUACACAAUUGAUAACCACUACUACUUCUCAAACAAUAACCAGCAAAUAUUUUUCAAAUACGAACGACAACGAUGAUGUUAUGAGUACUGAUAGAAUGGCAAAUGUAGUCAAAGCAAUGAAAAAAGAAUGGUGGUAUGAUAUAUUCGAUGUCGAUCGAUCACAAUUUGAUGUAAGUUUUCAUUCUAAAACAAAUCAAAAAGAAUAUUUUUGUCUUACUAAGAUUGAACUUUCGGGUAAAUUUGAAUUAUUUCGAGCAAUUUUAAAUGAAUGUGAAUCUAUCGGUGAUAAAUUGUUGGUAUUUACUCGAAGUCUUCUUGCACUUGAUUAUAUUGAACAAUGGCUCGAACGAUGGGAUUCAAGAGCACCUUCACCAAAAUGGAUUAAGGGUAUUGAUUAUUUUCGUAUGGAUGGAAAAGUUCCAAUUAAACAACGAGCAGCUGAUAUAAAAACAUUUAAUGAAGUUGACAAUACUCGAGCACGUUUAUUUCUUAUAUCAACAAUGGCUGGUGGUAUUGGUAUAAAUCUUUAUUCUGCUAAUCGUGUUAUUAUUUUUGAUGUUAGUUGGAACCCUGCACAUGAUCUUCAAGCUAUGUUUCGUUCAUAUCGACUUGGACAAAAGAAACCAGUCUAUAUCUAUCGUAUUAUUGGUAAAGGUACAAUGGAAGAAAAAAUAUAUAAACGUCAAAUUACUAAGCAAGCUAUGUCACAACGUGUCGUUGAUUCUAAACAACUUGAUCGACAUUAUACAAAUGACGAACUUGCUCAACUUUAUCGAUUUGAACCAGAUAAUGAAGAUGAUCCAUUGGAUAAAUAUGAUGCUGAUAGAGUAAAAGAUAAAAUUUUAAGAAAAUUAAUGGAUGAUUUUGGAGAUUUAAUUGUAUCAUACCGUGAACAUGAUUCACUUUUAAUUCAUCGUGAUGAAGAAAAUUUAACAGAAGAAGAACGAAAACAAGCACAACAUGAAGAUGAACUUACAAAAGCACGAAUAUAUGGACGUAAUCAUGCAACACCAAUACCAUUAACUGAUGAUUCAGAAAUUCACAUAAUACCAGGACAAGUUAUGAAUUUUUUUCGUCAAAAUCCAGCAUAA